AUGGCUAAGUCAACCCGCCGCGAAUCUUCAUCCCAGGAUGGACCUUCGCACGUAAGGCAAGGAGCAGAGCUACAAGGCAGCGAGCAGUUGGACGAUGGCGCACAGGAGAGUAAGGGCCUUAGACGGAAGAAGAAGGUGGUGCUCAUUAUUUCUGAUGAUGAGGAAGUAGAUGAUGAGGGGCUUGGUGACGGUUCAAUCGAUGAUUUGCCUACCUACGGCCGCCCUGAAGAUAUGCCCUCGCACAUUCCAUUAGGCGCACCGCUUCAGGUGCGCUACACUGCUCAGGACAUCGCCCCUGGUUUUAUGAAAGCCGUCAUGGCGUGCACUACAGACGUUAGCUUUGUGCGUUGGUAUUGUGACAUCGCAGAAGGGUGCACCCAGUGUGCACAAAAAAAUAUCAAAUGCAGAUACCCUAUUUCUGGAAAUUCUUCUCAACAUGAAUUGCGAUGCAUUCAAUGCGGGAAGGGUCGUGGUAUGGAUUGUAGCUGGUCCCAGGACCUGAGGCAGGCUUAUUUACGCGAGGCCUACCAACUAGACGUCGGAGAGGCGCGUGUUUUAGCAUCGUCAACGGGUGAUAAUCCCCAGGCCACUUUGGCCGCUUACUACCAGGUGUGGCGUACGGAUCCCGCCACACAUGUAUUGGAUGACAACGUUCGAUUAUCUCUGAGGAAAGUUCAGCGUAAUAUGAGACCCGGACGUGUCACCAGGAGCAAGCUCAUCGGCACAAGUCCUACCUCCCCUACGCCGCCGCCAUCCACACCCGCAUCUACCAGACCUAAGCUUAAGGGCUCAUCCCAUACCCAUAAUGACCCAGCCACCCCUCACCGACACAUAGGCUCUCCUGCAUCUCCAGGCCCUCUGCCAUCGCAUACGCACAGAAACUCAUCCAAUGAUGUCGCUAGCUCGGAUCGGUUGACCCCACCCCUCUCGACCACAGGCCCUCUCCUAUCCGCAACGCCUACUGCAUCUGCAGGCCCUUUGCGAUUGCAGGUACGCGACAGGCCUUCCAUAACGGCUACCAGCAGUCGGGUGAACGCUGAGCGUACCGUUUCUCAUUACAAUGUGGGCGGUAGGCACCCGAAUACUACCCACGCACUUGCGGAUGCUCAGGUCGACAGCACACAUGCAGAGGUAUCGCCAGCUACUGACAUCCUCAGCACCAGACGGCCCGUCCUACCCCACCUUUCCGACCUUCCGGGCGAAGCAGCACAAGGCCUGGAUCAAUUUCUCAAAUCCGUGCUGGGUUCGACCUCUUCUACCAACAAACCUCUGCAGGAGAAAAUCUUUAAGCUAGAGGCGGAAUUACAGCAAGUGAAGUUAGAGUUGGAGGCAGAAAAAGCGUUACGCCUUGCCCACACCUUGGAUGGGGACAAAACCAUAGCGGAUCAGCACAAGACCAUCGCUGAACGGGACAAGAUCAUAGCAGACCAGCAAAGGACGAUAGUUGACCUUAGCCGCAACAUCGCUAAGAUGGACAUCUGCUCGCAGGCAGCGCGACGUUUGAUAUCUGGUCAGCUAAAUCUUCCCAGCGGCAUGUUGGUCGCCGAUGCAGCCCCUUCCCCCGGUGGCCAAUACCAGGUCACCACUGCCGACGUGAGGGAGUUUUUACUCACGCUCCUGCCGACAAUAUCAUCCCGUGCUGACCGUGAAAGUCGCUGGUGGGUCGAGCAUCUCUGCAGCCUAGUACAAGGUACUUCACCCCCCAUCAAAGGCAAGCGCUCUGUGGGUGAAAUCUCUGGAAGUGCUGAGGGGAGCGGCCAAAAGUCACAAGCUAAGCGCAGAAAGCAGGCACCAUAG